AUGCGCGGAUAUGUGCCGUCACCCUGCUCGCCUCUCCCCGUGAACGACCGGAAACUCGUCCAUAUUGAUUGCCCGUUGGCUGAGCUGGACACUUUCUUUCCACCAUCUGCCUUUUCACCAAACAUUGCCAAGUUCACUGGAGUGUUUUUUGAGACAAAGGCAGAAAUUUUUCAACACGUCCAGAAAGGUGGCACCUUGGGCCCUUUCAUAGAGGGUGACUGGGUGGAUCACCAGGUUGACCUCUCUCAACUCCCGAGCAUGGUAAUGCUUGGUGACUCGAACCCCGAUUUUUUCCCCGUUGUGCCUGGGAGGGGCCGCGUGUUCACCUCUGCUUUGAAAGCCGGUGGCUUUGCACUUCCUGCACACCUGCUCACUAAGUUCAAGAAAAAACAACUUCUUCCGCUUGUAGAUGAUGGCUACUAUCAACCGUCUGCGUCUCGCCCUCCUACACACCUCGACUACAAGAACACACAGGUGAAGAACAAUGCCCUGUAUAGUGGAGACCCGGAUCAUCCUCAAAUUGGAGAUGUUCGUAUCACUUUCUGGGGCAGCACGGCGACACACGUCAGUCUAAUCGGGCUCCAGACGACAGGCUUCCUCGGCUCCGAUCGCCACAUUCAGGGUAUCCCUUCUCCCGCUCUUCAAAAUCGCACGCUUACCAUCUUCGCCGAAGGAGACUAUAACCCAGCAUCGCUUGUGGCGGAGCACGUAUCUGAGACCCACGCGUCCAACUCACAGACAUGGUUUCUCCGAGGCGUCAGCGUUCUCCUCGUCUGGUUCGUUCUGUUCCUCACUGUGGUCACGUGCACUACGCCCAAGACAUGCUGUGUAGUUUUCGUGAACUGCGGCCUCUCCUCUCUAAGCAUUACAGCUGGGCUCGCGGGCAUGGUCUGGUGGAAGUUCGAUAUCAUCGUAGCAACGUCUCUCUGGGUCGUGUCCAGCGUUGCGAUCGUCCUUGCAGUUUUGGCAUGGUAA